GUCUGUACCUCGGGGAACCGAGAGCCAAUUUCCGCAGGUUUGUUCAGACAGUAUCUUUGCUACAACAUCCAUUAGCAAACUCAAUUUUGCAAUCAGGGGUUUUCGUGCUCGGCACUGGCCGUACUUUAACCUGUGACAGUCAUCUGAGCUUCGACCCCCGUUGAGUUGUCCGCGUCGCCCUAAGCACAUUUAAGAUCCCGCUUCUGGUUAGUUCAGUGCAGGGCACCUAACCAGCCAACCAGAGUUGUUAUAUCACCCGGCUCCAGCCUCGGAGCGGAGCAACACGUCCGUUUCUGCAAAUAAUGUAAGGUGACAGUACCCAAAUACUUGCUGCCCGCCUACAUCCUUAGACCAUCUCAAUUCCAGCGUGGAUCUGCUCCGUCGUCAAGGAUUCGCCAUGGCCAUGUCAUGCCCAGCCUGGAGACAAAGCGAGCUUGUUCGUGAAAGAGAGACUUUCAGAUACGACCCGGCUCUAAUAGCAAACUCCAUAUCCAACUCCCCAGACAAUCUCAUCCCUUCCUACGGACUCACCACUUCACCUGAUGCCACCUUGACUGCCUUUUGCCAGCUGGCAGCUUUGCGCCUCAACACGUCCAGAGCUCUUGUGUCACUCUUUGAUCGUGCUAGACAAUUCGUCGUUGCCGAAGCUACCCAACAUGUUCGUCUGCUCCCCAAUUCAACUUCACAACAGACCAAUGACGGCCUCUGGCUAUGCGGAACCAAUUUCCCUCGUUCUUUUGGAGUUUGUGAGCGUGUUGUCAUUUCCUCUACCAACUCGGUACUAUCCCACCCCCUGCUCCCUUCCCAACUUCCCGUUACCGUUAUCAAUGAUCUCGCCGAUGACGAGAUACUAUGCCACCGACCCUACUGCCAUGCUUGGCCGAACAACCGCUUCUAUGCCGGAAUACCACUUAUAACCCCCAGGGGCAUCGUCAUCGGCGUCCUUUGUGUCUUUGAUUCUCAACCGCGAUGCGGCUUGGAUAAGACGUCAGAGACUCUCUUGCGAGACCUUGCCCAGUCUGUCAUGACGCAUCUGGAAAAACGACGUGUCAGUGAGAGACAUCGCCAGGCAGAUCGUGUCACUCGCGGCAUUCGAAGAUUCUUCCACGGACGCAAUACCAAGACCCAGAUCAAAAAUGACCAACAACUCGCAGCAGAACCGAGGCUUCGCACUCCAGGAACCGACUUCAGCCCACAGUUCAAUUACUCCAGCGACAUUAGACUUCGUGAGGACCGGUUGGCGAGCACUUGUGCAAGCGCAGCUGAUAUCAUGAGAGAUGCGCUUGAGGUUGACGGUCUCUUGCUACUAGAUGCUUCACACUCGCAUCGUAGCCCUAGAGUAGAGAGUGGGUGCAAUUCUCGCACCAAUGCUAACGAAUCUUCGAGAAACACACAGAAGACCCAUGGCCAGCUUGACGCCGAUGAUUGGUGCCCCGUUCUCGGCUCCUCCGUCACAGCCGAGGCCAAACAAGACGGGAAUUCUUACUUUGGCCACUCAACCUUAUACGCGUCAACUCUCAAGAAGUUACUCCGCUAUUACCCACGUGGGACAAUAUGGACUUUUGACAGCGCUGAGAGCGACGCAAGCGAUAUAUUGAGCGACGACAGCUCGGCAGAUGCCACUGAUGAAGGUCCCAUGACAAACGAGACUGGCGAGCUAUCGCCAAACGACUCAGGAUAUACUCCCGGCCAGCAUCACAUUAGACAAGAGCUUCGAAAAGCUGUAUUGACACUCCUACCUAAUGUAACGAGCGUAGCUUUCUUCCCCAUCUGGAAUGCUCAGAAAAGGCGCUGGUUUGCCGGUGGAUUCGCCUACAGCAACAAGGCGGGACGGGUAUUUUCACCCAGAAGGGAACUCAGUUAUCUACGAGCUCUCGGCACUGUUCUUAUGGCCGAGGUGUUGUUUAUCAAAGAGCGUGAGGUGGAACUCUCCAAGCUGGAUGUGCUGGACUCCAUCUCCCACGAACUUCGAUCACCGCUUCAUGGCAUCUUUUUUGGCGUAGGAGUUUUACGUGGUGGAAGUCUCAAUCCUUCUCAAGACGAUGCACUGCUUUCUGUCGAGGCAUGUAGUCGCACUCUAUUGGAUACCAUAGACCAGAUUCUUGAUUGGAGCAAGAUUAAUCAUUUCAUCUCAUCUCUCGCAACAGGACCGGAGUACACAUACACUGACGUGGACAGUCGUGCCCUUCGCUCGUCUCGGAACAACAGUGUCGAGGCAGGCAUGAUGAGCAUAGCUUCUGACGUCGAUCUCCCUCUUCUGAUAGAAGAUGUUAUAGAGAGUGUACAUAUUGGCCACGAGUUUCAGAAAUUGUCACAUGGCCAAACAGUGCAAUUGUCCGAUCUGCCCAGGGACCAUGUCAAGAUUAUGGCCAACUUCAAACCCAGUGUUAAUUGGAGUUUCCAUAUACAGGCCGGCGCAAUUCGACGAAUUGUCAUGAAUGUAUUGGGCAAUUCAUUAAGAUUCACCUCGAGCGGCGCUAUCUAUAUUCAAUUAGAACAAUUAACAACCGACGAUGCGGCUACACGCCUUGUCAGGCUGACUAUUACCGACACGGGCUGUGGUAUGAGUCGCGAAUUUCUGGCAAAUGAUCUUUUCAGUCCCUUUACGCAGCAGAACAUGAUAAAUGCGGGAACCGGACUUGGUUUGAGUAUCGUCAGACGAAUUACUCAAGCUCUGGGCGGAACUAUCGAGGUGCAAAGUGCAGCUUCUGUCGGCACCACAGUGCGUAUCAAUCUGCCUUUGAAGCUGAGCGAGGAAGCUGUUGAGCCUAAGGAACCUGUCGACCCUACCCAAACUAUAGAUUCAGUUUUGCAGCAUGACUCAGCAAAAGAUGUUGAGGGCUUAAAGGUUUCUCUUGUGGGAUUUCAAGACUCCGCGGCCGAAAAUAUCGACAACCCCCUCUUGGAAAGCCUGAUAGGCGAGAAAGAAAGCAUAUCCUGCGCAUGUCGAUACUGGCUAGGAGCGAAGCUCGUUGAGAUAUCAGAAGACCAGCACGAGGUUCCUCAUGUUGUGCUUUGCGACGACCGCUCUCUAAACAAAGCGAGAUCGCUUACGCAAGGCAACAAGUCUAUCUCGUUAGUAGUCGUUUGCCAAAAUGCAGUCAUGGCCCGAAAACUAGAAGCAGCUGAGGCUCGUGACACUGCAUAUGGCGAGCAGAAUAUUCUUUUUACGCACCGACCUAUUGGUCCGCGAAAGCUCACUAGAAUCUUUUCACCUUUCACGAAAAGUUACUCCUCUGGAAGACCACACUUGAAGGUUCUGCCAGCCUCCAGCGAAGAUAUUCAGCUCGACAUCCCAACCUCCAAAAGACAGAUGAUCCCCCCAACACCGACUGCGAUCGAAGGGGAGAAUAGAGAUAUUCUGGGUAGCACCCUGUCCAACUACGCCCAAACAUCUGAGUGGUAUCUGUCCAAACAGAUACCAAGGUCUCCUCUGACCGCACCACCAGCGAAGUCAGACCCCAUGUGCGAUGAGUCAGCAACGAACAUUUUUUUGCUCGUGGAUGAUAACCCCAUCAACUUGAAAAUGCUCAUUAUGUUUAUGAAGAAGCUCAACUUGCAGUACAGCACUGCUACAGACGGUCAACAAGCUGUGGCCAAGUACAAAGAAAGCCCCAAGAGCUAUAAGUGCGUGUUUAUGGAUAUUUCCAUGCCCGUCAUGAACGGCUUUGAAGCAACACGUGCGAUACGUGCAAUCGAAGCCGAUGGCGCUAUUACCAAGUGUCCCAUCUUUGCUCUUACUGGUUUAGCAUCUCGUGAUGCGCAGCAGGAGGCUUUUUUAAGUGGUAUUGAUUUGUUUUUGACUAAGCCAAUUCAGUUGACUGAUAUUAAGCAUUUUUUGGAGUCAAAAGCGCUAUUAUGAGUCUAGCGCGAAGGAACCUAAUUCAUGCUAUAUACACGAUAUACCCAGGUGUUUAUUAGUACCCCAAGCAAUAUUAUUAUGAUUA